AUGGCCGCCAACGGCACCCAGGCCUUCGCCCCAGUGCUGGCUGCUCUGCAGACCAUGCAAUCGAAUGUAGAUCGCACACAAAAGGGCCAGGCACACGAGUUCCUCGAACAAUUCCAGAAAUCUAACGAAGCAUGGAAUACGACCUUCAUGAUCCUGGGCUCGCCUGAAGCCACUACCGAAUCAAAGCUCUUCGCCGCAACCACCCUCAAAGGCAAGAUCGUCUUCGACUUCCACCAGCUGCCUCGCGAAUCCUUGCCCGAACUGCGCAACACUCUUCUAUCGCUACUCGCCCAAUUCAGCCAGGGCCCCAAGCCCAUCCGCACGCAACUAUGCGUCUGCCUCGCCAACCUCGCUAUCCAGAUGCUCGAGUGGAAGGACGUACUACAGCUCGUCGUUUCCACUCUCGGCAACGACCCCAACGGCAUCGCUUGCGUCCUCGAAUUCUUGCACGUCCUACCAGAGGAGGUCACAGAAGGCAGAAAGAUCAACCUCACAGAAGACGAGCUCAGAGACAGGACUGUUGAAUUGUUGGAAGAGAAUGGAAACCAGGUCCUCACACUGCUCAAUCAGUACGCACAGUCGUCCGAGGCUGCCGCGAAGAACCCUCAACUCAUGGAGUGCAUCACAUCGUGGAUCAGAGAAGUCCCGCUGAACGACAUUGUCAACUCGCCUCUUUUGGAUGUUGUUAUGAACGCCCUGGAAGCCGACUCAUCUUUCGAGUCCAGUGUCGAGACUCUUUGCGCCAUCUUCAGGGAGACAAGAGACGUCGACGAAUGCAUGGCCAUCAUCAAGACCAUGUAUCCCAGAGUCAUGUCCAUCCGUCCCAAGAUCGCACAAGCCGCUGAAGCAGAAGAUUUCGAGAUGUUCAAGGGCCUUACACGAAUCUUUGCAGAGGCUGGUGAAGCUUGGGUCGUUCUCAUCGCUCGUCUGCCCGACGAUUUCCGUGGUUUGGUCGAGGCCGUACUGGAGUGCGCUGCUAGAGAUACCGAGAAGGAAGCCAUUAGUAGCACUUUUAUCUUCUGGUAUGAGCUCAAACAGUACAUCACUCUGGAACGCUAUAUGCAGGCUCGCAUGCAAUUCGUCGACAUCUACCUAAAUCUGGUCGACAUCAUGAUCGGCCACCUCGAAUUCCCCAAGCCUGAGAGCGGAAACGACAAUGACCUCUUCGACGGCGACCGCGAACAGGAGGAAAGAUUCCGCGAAUUCCGUCACCAGAUGGGUGAUGUAUUGAAGGACUGCUGUGAGGUUAUUGGCGUCACCGAGUGUUUGCAAAAGUCUUAUGUCAAGAUUGAAGAGUGGGUCAACACAUACGGUCCGCAAGCGAGCACAGGAAACGUUCCCGAGUGGCAGAAGCUCGAAGCUCCUCUGUUCAGCAUGCGCGCCAUGGGCCGUAUGGUUCCUCCGGAUGAGAACAUCAUGUUGCCCAGACUGGUGCCUUUGAUCGUUCAGAUUCCGGAUCAAGAAAAGGUCCGCUUCCAGGCUGUCAUGGCACUUGGAAGAUACACCGAGUGGACUGCCCAACACCCUGACACUCUCGAAGCCCAGCUCAACUUCAUCAUGGCUGCUUUCGAUCAUCCUUCCAAGGAGGUUGUCACUGCUGCUGCUCUCUCUUUCAGGUUCUUCUGUAACGACUGCUCCGACCUGCUCAAGGGCUUCACCAACCAACUUCAAACCUUCUACGAGACCGUCAUCAACAGGUUACCGCCCACGAGCCAGGAAGAAAUCACAGAGGGCAUGGCAUCGGUCCUCUCGAAACAGCCCGUCGACCAAAUCUAUGGCUCGUUCAAGAUGUGCUGCGAUCCCGUCGUCAAACGUCUAAUGGACAUGGCCCAGUCUGCCGCUAGCGAGAAGGAAAAGCUGACACUGGCUGACCACAUCAACCUCAUCACUAUCUUCGUGCAAUGGAUCCAACCAGAGAUCAGACCUGGCGAGCCGCACCCCGCCGUGCAAUACUGUCAGGAAAUCUUCCCUGUUCUGGCCGCUAUUGCCGACAACUUCUCCAACUUCACCCCUGUUCUUGAGCGCGUCUGUAGAUGCUGGCGUUACAUUGUGCUCUCUUACCGCACGCACACCGCACCUCUUCUUCCUAGCUUGGCAGAAAAGCUGGCAUCUGGCUUCGCUGCUUCAAGGCAAGGCUGCUUCCUUUGGGCCACCGAUUCGAUCGUCCGUGAAUUCACCGACGAAUCAGAAGGCGUCAGCCCCGAGACGACACAGGCAAUCUUCAACUUUUACGUACAACAAGCCACUACAUUCUUGCGCGCACUCAACGACUUGCCUCCAGAGCAAUUGCCCGACGUCAUCGAGGACUUCUUCCGCCUAUGUGUUGACGUACAGGCUUAUCACUCACGCUCGUUCAUCGCGAAUGAGCUGACACCCACUAUUCUGUCUGCUGCUUCUACCUCGCUCACCCUUCUCAAGGACGCACCAAUUCUAGCAACCCUCCACUUCCUGCGCGACUUCCUCGCGUACGGCGGCGAGAAUGCACCCAUCUCAACUUUCAGCGAAGACCCCAACCGCCGUCUCAACCCGCCGGAAGUACAGAACGCCAUCAAAACACUCACGUCCCAGCAAGGUGAUGUGCUCGUUCAGCGCCUGAUGACAGGUAUGAUGUAUACCUUCCCUGCCGACUGCUUCCCGGAUGCCUCUGGAGUGUUACUCGCCAUGUUCCAGUUGAUGCCCGAGGCAACAGCAACGUGGACGGCAAACACCGUGUCGAUGCUACCUUCCGGAUCCAUCAGUCCACAAGAACAGGAGCGAUUGCUACGCAACAUUGAGCAGCGCAUCCAAUCAGGGGACACACGCAAGAUCCGCACGCUAUUGCAAGAUUUUACAAAUUCUUACAGGAGAAGGAAUGUUGCUCCAAGAGAAGGUCUAGGUAGAUUGGAAGCCACGAGAUUCCGCUUUGCCGGGUAA